CAAACUUCCUGAGAGCAGCUCCAGCCCUCCCUCCGCUUCCGACGGCCGCGCUGCGCCAUCCCGGCCGGCCAGGCCAGCCCCGCGGCGGGGCCGCUGCGCCCUGACCCUGCCUGUCCCCGCGGCCCCCGGCCAGGAUGCUGCUGCGGGCCGCGGUGCUGGCGGUGCACGCCGGGCUCCUGGCUGCCCUCCGGCCCGGAGAUCCCAACGUCUGCAGCUACUGGGAGAGCUUCACGGCGCCAGUGAAGGAGUCCUACACCAAACCGCACGUGGUGUCCUCCAGCGAGCCCUGCCCCGGGGGUCUGGGCCUCCCCCUGCCCUGCCCGCAGCACAGGGUGGUGUACCGCACCGAGUACCGCCAGGCCGUCCGCACCGACUACCGGCGGCGCUACCAGUGCUGCCAGGGCUACUACGAGAGCCGGGACUCCUGUGUCCCUCACUGCAGCCAGGAGUGCGUCCACGGCCGCUGCGUGGCUCCCGAGCUGUGCCAGUGCGAGCCGGGCUGGCGCGGCCCCAGCUGCUCCAGCGGUGAGGGCUGGGCACAGCUGGGCACAGCUGGGGGGGCACCCCCUGCCAGGGGUGGCAGAUGGGGCAGCGGGAUUCCCUGGAGGGUUAAUGGAGAUGGGGGUGGGAUGGGAAUGGUGGGCUGGGGGUUGGAAGGCCAAGGGGAUGGGGGCAGGGGGAGGGGACACUUGGGGACAGGGCAUUUUUGGGGUGGGGGUCCAUGGUCUGGGAGCAGAUGGAGAUGGGGGUGCACAGGGAGGGGCAUCAAGGGACAAGGGCACAUGGAUGGCAGGGGGAUGUGGCACACGGGGACAAGGCCACCACAACCCACUGCUGCCAGGUCUCCAUGCAGGCCAGGCACCCCCAGCUCCCCCCGUGUGGCAUGCAAUGAGCUGGAUGGCCUCAGCUCGGGGCCAGGGGGGAUCCCAGGGGCACCCCAGCUCUCGGUGGGGCUGUGUCACCUCCUGUGCCCCCCACGCAGGUGCCAGGAGAGGUGCCCAGUGGGGCGGUACGGGCAGGACUGCCGGGAGAGCUGUGACUGUGCCAACGGGGGCCAGUGCUUCCACGUGGACGGGGGCUGCCUGUGCCAGGCCGGCUUCCAGGGCAGCCGCUGCGAGGAGCGGCACUGCCUGCCCGGCCUCUACGGGCUGCACUGCGAGAGCCGCUGCCUCUGCCACCCCCAGCACAGCCUGAGCUGCCACCCGAUGCUCGGGGAGUGCCUUUGCCUCCCGGGCUGGGCUGGGCUCUACUGCAAUGAGAGUUGCCCCCCUGGCUACUUCGGGCCUGGGUGCCUGCAGAGCUGCCUCUGCCUCCACGGGGGGGUCUGUGAUGGGACCACGGGCCACUGCCACUGCCCCCCCGGCUACACGGACGAGCACUGCUCCUCCCUGUGUCCCCCCAACACCUUUGGCAUGAACUGCUCGGGGCGCUGCUCCUGCCAGCACGCCCUCGCCUGCUCCCAGCUCGACGGCUCCUGCUUCUGCAAGGAAGGCUGGCACGGACCUGACUGCUCACUGCCGUGUCCUGCUGGUACUUGGGGUCCCGGCUGCAACCGGAGCUGUGACUGUGCCCAUGGGGGGUCCUGCGACCCCCAGAGCGGGACCUGCCACUGCCCCCCGGGCUGGCAGGGCCCUCACUGCCUGCAGCCCUGCCCGAACGGGACGUUUGGGGCAGGCUGUGGGGAGCGCUGCGUCUGCGCCCACGCCGACAGCUGUGACCCCGUGACAGGAGAGUGCCACUGCCUGCCCGGCUGGACAGGGCGGCAGUGCAAGCAGGGCUGUCCCCAGGGAUCCUGGGGCCGGGGUUGCCACAUGUCCUGCUCCUGCCGCAACGGAGCCUCCUGCUCCCCGCAGGACGGAUCCUGCACCUGCACCCCGGGCUACCGCGGCCCCAGCUGCCAGCGCCCCUGUCCCGCUGGCCGCUACGGCAAACGCUGCUCCCUGAGCUGCUCCUGUGCCAACGGCUCCUCCUGCCACCCCAGCAAUGGCUCCUGCCUCUGCAGCCCGGGCUGGCGCGGCCCCCGCUGCUCCCAGCCCUGUGCCCCUGGGACCUUUGGGCUCCAGUGUGACCAGCUCUGCCACUGUCCCCACAACGCCACCUGUGACCCCACCAAUGGGACGUGUCCCUGCGCCCCAGGCACGACUGGGCCCCGCUGUGAGGCUGGGAAUCCUGACCUGCCCUACACCAUCGAGCCAGCCCCCCCUGCAGCCUACAGCCCCCUGGGCAUGGUGCUGAGCCUGGUGGCCCUGGUGGUGCUGCUGGUGGCUGUGGUGGCCACAACCCUGUGCUGGCACCGCUGGCAGAAGGACAAGGAGCGGCGGCACCUGGCCGUGGCCUACCGAGCAGGACAGACGGACACCUCAGACUACAUGGUGCCAGAUGUACCCCCGAGCCACCAUGCCCACUACUACUCCAACCCCAGCUACCACACGCUGUCCCAGUGCCCGCUGCCAGCCCCCCAGGACAGAGCCAGCUCCCUCAAGGUGCCUGGCACCCAGCUCUUCCCUGGCAUGGAGAGACCCUACAGCCCCGAAGGCAAUGCCACGCUGCCUCCUGACUGGAAACACCUCGGGGCAUCAGCCCUGGGCACCAGGGGGAGGCAGCUGGACAGGAGCUACACCUACAGCCAUGUCCUGAGGAAGGGUGACAGCAAAGAGCACCCCUGGGAGGGGCUGAGGGCCAGCGCCAGCUCCCUGGCCAGCGAGAACCCCUACGCCACCAUCAAGGAGCUGCCCCCUGCCAUGGCCAAGGCCCACGAGGGCAGCUACAUGGAGAUGAAAUCCCCUGUGCAGCGGGAGAUGUCCUACGCCGAGAUCGGGCUCCUUGAGGAGCCACCACAGGACGAGAGUUGUCCUGAAGGGCUCGAAGGCCCCCCCAGCAGAGACCCCCCCAGCCACUACGACUCCCCCAAGAACAGCCACAUCCCCAGUCACUACGACGUGCCACCUGCCCGCCACUACCCCCCGUCCCCACCGCUGCGCAGGAAGGACCGCUGAGGGACCUCAGGGACCACUGAGGGACCUCAAGGAUCACUGAGGGACCUCAGGGACCACUGAGGGACCAGCCCCGAGGGGACACAGGGUCCCUGAGGGGGCUGGAGUACCCUGGGACUGUUGUUGCUGUCCCAGUGGGUGGUGAAUAAAGGGUGUUUGGUGUGGA